AUGCUUAUUGGUUCCUUACGUAGACUGAAUUCACAUCAAAUAGCCACUAUACCCUCCUUUAUUAUAUCGAAUCGAUUAAAGCCAGCAUGGAAGAAAGGAGGCUUAUCUUCCACGACGAUGACGACAACAACAACAAAUGAGCCAUCAGAACCUGAAGCACCACAACACUAUUACUGCUGUGAAUCUGGAUGCGCCAACUGUGUAUGGAUCGAUUAUGCUGAACGUUUAUUUGAAUAUCAUAUGAAGAGAAUUCAACAGCAGAGGUCGUCAAAAAAUAAUAAUGAUGGCCCUAAUAUUAUGGAUAAAAACGAAGAAGAAGAAAUGUUGAGUGAAUUAGUUAACCGGCUACGAAAUGAAAUAAAUCAAGUAGAAGAUGUUAGUGUACGAGCAUUUCUACUCACUGAAAUAGCAAUUAAACGAGAUGAAAUAUUGAAAUCUUUACAAAAAGAUGCUUGA